GGAUCCCCCGCCUGAGUUGCACGUGAGAGAUUAGUAUAUUUAAGCGGGUGAUAUUUCAUAUAAAAAGAUUUGGGCUUGGUGCAGGUUCUUUUUCAUUUUCAGAAGGGGAUUCUUCGCCUUUGCAACUUUUACCAACCACAUAUAGUAAACAGCUUUUAACAUGAAUUUAAUUGCCGUCUUUGUGCCACUUUUCUGCAUGUUUACAUCAGGAGAGGCGAUAACAUGCAUUAUGUGCAGUGACAUCACGACUACAAACAACGCAGCCUUAAACCUGACUGAUCUCCCACCAGGGACGUGUGAAAAACCACAGGAGUCAGAUUGUACUCCCGAUGCCAAAGGUUGCAUGACCAUGGACUAUAAAAUCACCCUGAUGCACAAAACUGAAGGUAAAAUCGUCAUGACAAGCAUUGAGCGAGGAUGCGCACCCCCUAACUACAAUUACUUGAUCCCCGACGGGGACGCAUGUCUCAACGAAACUUCAACGGGCGUAAUCGCGGCAGCUCUGCCUGAUCCGUCCACUGUGCUUCCUCCUAAUCUUGGGGCGACCUAUGAUAGUCAUCAACUAAGCUUGUGCGUGUGCGACAGCCAAGAUCUGUGUACACCACCAGAACCGGCCAGUCCCACGAAUCAAACGGUUCCAAACGCCGAACCGACUCCAGACAUGGCAGGUACGAUAACUACUGUUGCAUCCGAUAUCACCACGUUGUCCGACUCACCUGGCUGUGAUGAAGAAGUAGAUUCUGCAGCAAAAGUGCUUAUUGCAAGUUCCGUACUCGUUGUUGGUUCUCUUCUUAACGUCUUGUUAUCCAUAUAAUAUAAUACACAUGAAUCGAAUGAUGUUACUUGUAUGCACUCUAAAAAAAGGAUUGGUCAUAAUGACCAAUCUGUUGGUUAAUAUGUGUCCGACCGAUAAAAUUGGUCAAAAGCAACCAAAUUAUUGGUUCAAAUCGACCAAAAUUUCGGUUGAUAUUGACCAAUUUUAUCCUUUCUAAGAGUGUGGCACGUUUUAAUACUGCUACCACGUCACAUUCGGAAGCGACUCCGGAUCGACAAAACAUACUACAUUACCUCCAAAGCCAUAUACUAUCGGUUGGUGUGGAGUCAGUGUACGUGAUGUGACUGUGACGUUAGACCCGUGACUAGUAACACUUGAUGACGUCACACUUUGCAGAUGACUUUUGCCGAAAACAAAAUGAUGCAUAAAUAUAUU